AUGGAGGCCGCAGCCAAGGGCGGCUUCGUCCUCGGCAACCUGGCCGAGGUGGUGGAGCGUGUCCUCGGCUUCCUGCCCACCAAGGCGCUGCUGCGCGCCGCCUGCGUGUGCCGGCUGUGGAGGGAGUGCGCCCGGCGGAUCCUGCGGGCGCGGCAGCGCGUCGCCUGGGUGUCGGCGCUGGAGCCGGGGCCCGCCGAGAGCCACGCGCUGGUGCGCGCGCUGGCCCGCGAGCUGGAGAAGGUGCACGUGCUGCCGCAAACCGUGCUCUAUAUAGCUGACGCAGAAACAUUCAGCGGGCACGAGGAGUGUCACGAGCAAAAGAAAGCUAGGAAAAGAAACAGUAAAGAAACAGCAAUUGCGCUCGAAAAAUUGUUGCCAAAGCGAUGUCAGGUUCUUGGACUGGUCACCCCGGGGAUUGUAGUUACCCCUAUGGGUUCAAGCAGCAAUCAGCCUCAAGAAAUUGAAGAGGGCGAAGCUGGGUUUGCUCUGUUGUUUCCCAAAAUCGAUGGGGUGAAAAUUCAUACCUUCCAUUUUUCAAAAGACUUGAAGAACAGGGUCUUUGAUGAAAGUAAAUUUGCUGAAGCAGGUCUGAAGAAUAACCCAGAUCUCCGGGUGGUUCUUCUGUUUGGCUACAACUCCUGGAAGUCUGGAGCUACUCGAUUUCUUCAUCAAAUAGUCAAUCCUUUGAAUGAGAAGAGUAUCAUCCUGGCUGGGGGACAAGUGGAGAGCUUUACAUCACUGACCUCUGAGAAUAACAAUGCCCAGCCUGGCGAUGCCUGCGGCGUGGUUGGGCUGGCUUUCAGCGGUCCCCAGAUCCAGAGUGCCACUGUUUUGCUAGACCAGGAUGUAGCUGAUGAGAGGACAGCAGAAGCCGCCAUGCAGCGUCUCAAAGCAGCAAACAUCCCUGAGCGUAACACCAUUGGCUUCAUGUUUGCCUGUGUUGGCAGAGGAUACCGGCAUUAUAAAACCAAAAGGAAUAUGGAAGCAGAUGCAUUUAGGAAGUUUUUUCCAAAUGUUCCCCUCUUUGGCUUUUUUGGACAUGGGGAAAUAGGAUGUGAUCGAAUAGUUACUGGGAAUUUCGUAUUAAGAGAAUGUAAUGACAUAAAGGAUGACCUUCUUCAUGGUUACACUACCGUUAUGACUCUUAUUCAUCUUGGUUCAACUAAAGCAAACCAAGCGUAAAUAUGUUUUUAGUGCUUCACUGAGCUGUUUGUUUCAUUCCAGAAAGCUGAGAAGUCUGGAAGAGUGGACAUCUUGCAGUCAAAGCUCCUUCCAAAACAUUAACAUCAUUUUGGUAAUAUUAUCGAAUCUUGUAGUUGGAAUAGAGUUUAAUAUAAUAGCUGUGAGAAAGCUUUGCAUUUUGUGUAAUCCCCUGUACACAUCAGAAUUGCAGGUAAAUGAUAUUUGAUGGAAUUCUGCAAUUGAAGAAAGCCUCUUUCUUCCAAAAUGAGAAUGGUUUGCACAAAUGGCAGUUGGAGUCCAAAUACCAACACGUAGAAAGAAACAGUACUUUGAUGUGCUCUAUUUAUGUAUGUAAAACAGUCUAGAAAAACUACUGAUGCAUACUGAAAUACCGAUGCAUAAAAUCCACCGUUUCCUGGAUUUUAUUUCAAGAAAGAUGCACAGCCUGCCCAGACUUGAGUCCUAUUUACAGAACUGAAUGGUUUUACUAGAUGAAUGAAAAUCUUUAGAGAAAAAUAACAAAGCGCUCAUUAAAUAAAGAUGAAAAUACGUAAAAAUACCUUGCCUUCUAUUCUUAGAGAAGAAGCUCUGCUUUAAAGAGAUGUUGUCCAGUUACAAGCUCAACUUGUUUCACCAUCUUGAACUGAAUUUCAGUUGUCUUAAAUACCUGGUUUAGAAUAAUAUCUGAUAGUUUGCGUGUACCAGCAAUUUCAGUCUUUGUGUAUUUAAGUUUACACAAUCAAAAUGCACCAGUUACCUUUUCUUUUAGAUUCUCUUGUAGCAUGAUGCUCUCUAUUAUAAACUUUUAAAUCCAGAGUGCUAAAAAUUAAGACUACCUGGUACCUUUAAGUUCCUUGAAAAAGUUUUUUUUCUUUUUAAUUUGAAAUUGUGGGCCACGCAAGAUCUGGCUAUGUUCUAUUUAUAUAGAGCCUUUAAACAAGACUUGUGCGUGUGCAUGUUUUUCCCAUGCUUUUAACAUCAGCCACCUGUUUUGAUUGCUGCAGCUGGAAUGCAGUAUUGCAAAGUUCAAAUAAGUAAAUUCAGCAUAGUCUCAGUAUAGCUAAUAAUAUAUUUGCUCCCUUUUAAAUUCUUUCCUCCCUUUUAUUUUCACUUAGUAAUAGAAUGACAAGAAAAUAAGAUUAAUUUUGCACCAUUUCACCACACUUCUAAAUGCCAAAUCAGGCAGCUGGCCCAUUUUCAGUGUAGUAAAAAGAAAAUACUUCGCUGUAUGUUGUACAACGAAUAACGAUAUUUUGCUUUAAAUGUACCAACAAAGACUACAGUUGGCAACUGUUUACCCAUGUCUAGUUAAAACUUUUCCUGACCUUGGCCUGACGAGCUAAGGUAGAGGCGUAUCUCAGAGUUAACUGUUGGUUUCAGUGGGUGCUGAGCACAGACAGCACUUGCCCAUGGCUGUGUUGAUGAUGGUUUUUUUUUAACUAGAAGACAGGAUGAGCUGUGAACUCCCAGUGGCCUUCUAGCGAUAGAAGACUAAUAAGUGUGGGUGUGACUUGGAAAAUGUUUAGUUACUGCAUUUAGAAGGAAAGGUAUUUGGAAAGUGAGUAUGCUUGAAUUUUAAGAGAAGCCUCUCAGUGGGAGGUGGAUACAUGGUUUUUCAGCAUAACCGGAACGUCACGUUUGGCCCUUUCUGUCUGCAUAAGCUACGUGUUUAACAGGAGGCAAAGAAAAUGUUUCAUUUCUGUAACACAGACAGGAUUUCUGUAGCUGUUAGCAUGAGUUAGGGCUAGUCAGCAUCGCUACUAGCAUAAGCCCAUGAGCUUUAACUACCUUUUUGCUGUAGUAGAAGUAGAUGAAGUAUGAUCAACCACGUGUCCUGAACAACAGUGCAGAGAUGUCCAGAAGUGUCCGGAGAAGCAGAUGGUGAGCUCCAACAAUGGCACGGCAAAACAGGAAAUGAGAUGUGGUUUGAAGGGACUAAUCAUCAGCGAGGUCCCGUAGCUGCCCGGUCCCGUAGCUGAGGACACGUAAGAGGUAAACAUAGUACAGAAAGGACGCUGGGGGGGGAACCCCAAGAGCCUGCACCAGAGUCCAGGAUAAUCUCUCCAACUGCAGGGAGUGGGGAUGAGCCCAGGGGGCCCCAGAACCACGCACUGUAUGGCUGGAACUGCUACGCUGUCCUUCCCAGACCACCUCCUGUCUUCUAAGUGACAGGGAAGUGGUGUAACUGAUAAAAUUGCAACAUUGUGAUUAAAGUGUUU